GGUAACUACAUGCGACCAGAAGGAUAUGAUCAAAAAGGCAGACAUGUCGGAAGAGAUGCAACAGGACUCAGUGGAGUGCACUACUCAGGCAUUGGAGAAGUACAACAUAGAGAAGGAUAUUGCAGCCAAGAUCAAGAAGGAGUUUGACAAGAAGUACAACCCCACCUGGCACUGUAAUGUGGGUCAGAACUUCGGUAGUUAUGUGACAUAUGAAACUGAACACUUCAUCUACCUGGGUCAGAUGGCCAUUCUUCUGUUCAAAUCUGGUUAA